AUGCCGACCUUUAAAAUAAAAACCCAGGAAGGAUACUCAGAAGACAUCAAGGUCUCCGAAGGAGUCUUGCAGGGAGAAAUCCUGAGCCCUCUGCUAUUUGUACUCAAUAAAUAUUCAUUCAAAGGAUUUCAUAUAAUGGAAAAUUUGUCAGUUGAUCCAAUGCAUGAUUAUCUUGAUGGAAUUUGUCCUCAUGAUUUAGCAUUAAUAUUGCAACACUUUAUAUAUCAAGAAAAAUUAUUUAAUAUCGAACAAUUGAAUUGCCGUAUUCAAGGAUUUAAUUACGGUUGUAAUUACAAUCAGAAUAAGCCCCCAGAAAUUCUUGUUAGUCACCUUCGGCAGACUAUGCGCUUGGCAAUGUCUGCAGCAGAAAUGUUGGCUUUUGUACGUAAUAUUUGUUUGAUAUUGGGUGAAUUUGUAGAUGAAGAUAAUGAAUAUUGA